UAUUAUGUCAACAGUAGUGUUGAUGCGAGACCUCGGUGUUAUGAACUCCUAGUGGAUUAACGGGACGCAACCGGUCGGAGAUGGUCGAUUCUUACAAACUGAAGGAAUGGAUAAGCUGGCCACUGCUCAGGGCUCACGUGUGCACCGCAGCCGUAGCUGUGAGCUUCCACGCCACGUGGAGAGCUCCUCGGGAGGCGUUCAUCCAUGGAGGGCUGCAGUACGGACUUGCAGUCACUCUGUCAUUAUUGGUCGUAGCCCUACCGCUAGCAUUGCUGCAGCUAGCAGUGGGACAACUAAGCCAGCAAGAUGCCGUGGGAGUGUGGAGGGCUGUUCCUUUUUUUAGAGGUGUGGGCUACAUGCGAUUAUUAAUAUCAUUCCUUGGUUCUGUAUACUCGGUGAUAUACCUGGCUAUGACUGUGACGUAUUUUCUAUACACGUUGAGUAAUUCAUUGCCAUUUUGGGAAUGUAUUGAGUUGGUACUGGAUCAAGAAGACUAUGUGAAUACAGUGAAUGCUUCUACGUGUCUCCAAGACACGUUCAUGGGUCCAAUAGAAGACAGACCAGAAUAUUACCUGGCUGUGGCCCUAAUUAUAUUGGUUCUUUGGAUAGUAUUUCCUUUUAUAGUAUUUUUCAGUUUUUACAAUCCGGUAAAACUGAUGAAACGGAUAUUCUACGUAUUGGGACCGUUAGUGAUAGUGUCAUUUGUGGUGAUUAUGGCCUGUAUCAGUGACGGGGAUAAUUUGACGUCACUGGUAACGAAUUCUGACUGGACUAGUUUCCUCGAGCCUAGUAUCUGGCAUGGCGCUAUCACACAAGCUCUCCUGACUGCUCAGAUAGCUGGUGGCUUUUUGAUCUCCGCUGGUGAUACCGUGUACUCCAGCACCAAUGUGCAGUGGACAUCAGUCGCGAUUGUGGGGGCAAAUAUACUUUCAACGUGGGUGGGUCUGGUCUUCUGGUACUCCUUAAGUGGUCCAGAUAAGGAUACUACGGUAUUCGCAGUGCUCGUCCAGGCAUACCAACUCGGAGAAGACCCUGACACUGACUUAGCCUGGCCACUGACCAUAUUCCUCACUUUACUUCUAUCAGGAUUGAUAACUAUGCUCUCUCUUCUAUACCCCGUGUACGACCGAUUUCGUCGCAUUGGUGGGGUUAAAUGGCGACUGCUUUCGUUUCUGGGGUCUGUGGUCAGUGCCUUCAUCUGCCUCGCUGUACUGUGGGGUCGUCUGCCAGUCCUCAACCUGUUAGCUGAUUAUGCCGUGCCUCUCCUCAUCAGCAUCGCCACCGUGCUCGAGAUAUUGGCUUUCGUGUUCAUAUAUGGUUGGAAAGUCCUCGUGGAAGACGUGGAAUUUUUAACAGGACGAGAUUUACCAAGGGUUUGGGUGUUGGGCUGGUGCGCCGCACCUGGUAUUAUAGCACCGUUCUCCAUUUGGUGGGUGACGAUGUGCUUCAUCAGAGAAAACUCCUGGUUCGAAGCUCCCUGGCCGGUCCUCACCAUCAUUUCGACUGCAGUCCUGGCAUUACUCAUAUUCAUCUUGUUUGCCACAGUGGCUAUCGUGAAGCAGGUCCAAUAUGACUUUAUUGGGAAGUUGAAGUCAUCGUUCAAGCCAUCGCGCCACUGGGGACCGAGAGACCCGAUCACCCACUACUACUGGCUGGCCCGGCGAGACGAGCUAGAGAGAGGAAACAUUCACCGCAGGAGAUACCAACGAAGGCAGUUAGGACAACUAUCCGGGAGGCCAAGCUUCCUCAAUUUGGCAAAUUCUGUCGAAGAUAAGACCGAGGCUUCAAGUAGCAUUGAGAAAAUGCGGUCAAACUCUGAUGACUGGCUGUACACCGUCUGCAGGAAGCAGCAGUCGGCCUCAGCCAGUGGCAAGAAGAGGACUAAGUCUUUAGACUGGACUUUCCCCAACAUGAAAGUAUCUAGUACUACAAAAUUGAAGACUUUGGAUUGCAGUAGCUUUACAAUGGAAUCGUUUCAGUCUCAAGAAAGUAAUUAUAACGUAUCCAAUAAGCCGUCUUACAACGGCAGCCCACCACUUCAUGAUAUUACAGAUAGAUUUCCUAAUGACAAAUCAAUGGAAAAGUUUUGAAAUCUUAGUUGCGAUCAUAUUGUACUCUGACGUGAAUGUUAAUCAAUCAGACACCCGCCUUUUAUACCUGAAUGAAUGAAUUUUAUUAUACAGGUACGUACUUUAUAGUUUUGGACAUUUGUAGAUACAUUCUAUUGCUGUCAGUAUUGUUAUUAGCGAGUAAAAUGAACAAUGAUUAAAGUAUAGUUAAUCUAUCAUUAGACAAGAAAACAUAUUUUUUCAAGGAAAGAAAAUGCUCUAAAGUUAUUUUUAUAGUUAUUUUAUGAAUAAAAAUACGGAAUAUUUUGUUCUGAUACACGUGACAUUACGACCUCGCUGGGAAAUGAGUGGCUUACUCAUAUAUAGCUCCUUUGUUGGCGCACUGAGCCAUUAGAUAUGUUCGUCACGAUCGCUCGCUGUGAACUACACGUCGCAGGCGCAAAGUAUUAACGUCCACUUGAGUCAGUAAUGUCAUUUGUAUGACGAUGGCCAGGUCCAUAAACUAUUGGUUUUAGUUCUUGCGCAGAUUUUUAUGCUAUAUCGAAUCGUCAGUCAGAUAAUGAAUUCAUAGAACUUCAGUCUUCACACCACCACCACGUAGCAAUGAGGGGUAAGCAUUUAGUACACAUGCCUAUGUAAGUUAUGAGGUAUAUGAUAGGAGGUGAGCCUAUUACCCACACACCCAGCACAAUCCCAGAUGCAAUGCAUUUAUUAUUAGAAUCAAAUCAUUGUUUCUUCAAAUAACAAUCAGAAGUGAACUUACAUAAACAAAUACUAAGUAAAAGUUGCAAUUCAUCACUUAGUGGGUUAGAAAACCGUGCCAAACACUUGAGGUUGCUAAUGAACCUAUAAAACCUACGCAAGCUAAUAAACCUCGUGCUAAGUAAAAUAUAUAGUUGAUUAUUUUGACAGUGGGCGCAAUGGCGAACAAGUAUGUAUUCAUCAUCAUCAUCAUCAGCCUGUAUUCG